UUAGAAUUUGGUUGGAAGUUGGAAUCGCGGUUCCAGAGAUGGAUGAUGGGCUAAUCCCACAGUUUUCUCUUUCUCCUCCUCCUCCUUUGUUCUCUAUACACUGACAUGAACAACUUCUUCAACGCCUCGAUUCUUUCUCCUCUUCCCCUCAGCUUGUUUCCUUCUCAAGAAACCCUCACCUCCACAAACACACAUUUUCCUCGUCAGCUCAGAAGUUCCUGGAGAUGUUUUCGUUUGCGUGUUUCGUGUUCCUCCUCUCUGGCUUUUUCCUGGGAAUUCUCGCCGUCUUAGCCGCGGAAGCUGCUGGCUUUAUGUAUCUUCUUAAGCGAUUGAAUCGUAAGAGAGAUCAAAUUGAGUCAAAACCCGCUUCUUCUGAUGAUGAUCCAUCAUCUACCACCAAUCUUCCUCCUCGCCAACCCACCGAUUUCUCUAUCAACAAACAGGGAAUGGUAUAUAUUUUGGAGUUGGAUGAGGUUCUAAAGAACUGGAUGAUGAAAGAAAAGUUACCAAAAGAGAACAAGAGGAAGAGAGACUUCUUGGAAAUUCAUCCCCUUCGUAAAUUUGCUAGGAUCAAAGAUCACAAGCUCAUCUUGUCGGAGCCUGAUGGCACUCUCACCAUUGUUUCUUUAAAAGGUUGCUCUAUAGAAGCUGUUUCAGGCUCUGAUCUCCCUACUAGGAAAUGGGCCAAAAGAUAUCCUAUAAAAGUUGAAAGCAAGAUUUCUCCAGACUUGUAUAAGGGAAACCAAGUCUUUUACAUCUAUCUCGAGACUUCUUGGGAAAAGGAGUCAUGGUGUAAAGCCCUUCGUCUUGCUGCUUGCGAAAAUCAAGAAAGGUUUAUUUGGUACUCCACCAAACUGAAGGAAGAUUUCCGUAGUUAUGUGACGUCUCUUAAUGUGGCAUAUCCUUCUUUUUUGAAACCAUCGCUUGGGUUUAGCUUUGAGUCACCUGACAGAGGGAAUAGAACGGAUGGUUCUUCCUCAAAGGUUCGCUUGUUCUUGAGGAAAUUUUCUAGAAAGCGAUCACAUCGUGAAGACAGAAAAACUUAUUCACAACGUGGAAGCAGCUCAGGGAGGAGCCUUUCAGGGAAAAGAAUGGGAGAUUACAUCACAGAUGAAUCUGAUGUGCCUAUUUUUUCACGUUCUGUGAGUCAUAGCAGUCAUGUUUCUGGGGUUUCUGGGGUUUCAGAUGGAGACUCUGAGGACAAGGUUGACAUGGAUGAAGGAACAUUAGCCUGGAAUUUGCUAAUCUCUAGGCUAUUUUUCGAUCUCAAACGUAAAACAGGAGUGAAGAAUUCAGUGCAAGCACGAAUCCAGCGGGUGUUAUCCAACAUGAGGACUCCAAGCUACAUAGGUGCACUAAUCUGUUCCGAUGUUGACACUGGAAACCUCCCACCUCAUAUACAUGCCACACGGGUUCUUCCAAUGGAGAUGAGUGGUGUGUGGGCAUUCGAACUGGAUAUCGAAUACUCUGGUGAAGCGGUGAUUGACGUUGAAACACGUGUUGACAUCCGCGAGGUGGAUCUACAAAAAGGCAUAACCGACACAAGAUUGCAGACAAGUUCUGCAGGGGAAGUCCCAUCAAACUUCGCUGCAGGUGUUGAAGAUUUUGAAAAGCAAUUAGUCAUCCCUGCGGAAACUGUUAACGCUGGAGCCAAUAAAGCAGAUGAAUCCAAAGGCUCAAAAGGUACGAAGGCAGGUCCAAAUGGUGUAUCCAGAUGGAAGUCUAUUCUUAAGACAAUUGCUGAACAAGUUUCCCAGGUGCCUAUCUCUUUGUCAAUACGGGUGUCUUCUCUUCGAGGGACACUGCGGGUACACAUGAAGCCGCCUCCUUCUGAUCAAUUAUGGUUUGGAUUCACGAGCAUGCCGGAUAUAGAAUUCGAUCUCGCAUCUUCUGUUGGGGAACACAAAAUCACCAGCAGCCAUGUUGCAAUGUUCUUGAUCAACCGGUUUAAGACGGCAAUACGAGAAGCGGUGGUUCUUCCCAACUGUGAAAGCCUGACAAUUCCUUGGAUGAUUGCUGAAAAAGAUGAUUGGGUUCAACGCAAAGCCGCUCCAUUCAUGUGGCUGAAUCAAGAAACCGAUCACAAUUGCUCCCAGGCAACAGAAACGAGAUGUAAAUCUGACAAGCCACCGACUUCUUCCUCCUGUGUUCAGUCUGAGAAAAUGCAGAGAACUGCAAGCGCCACCCAGAGGCCGAUGAUUUCAGAAGCAGGAACUAUAUCAUCUUCUUCCUCCUGUGCUCAGUCUGAGCUAGUGCAGAAAGCGGCCACUGCUUUCCAGAAACCGAAUACUGAAGAAGCAGAGGCUAUUAUGUCUACACCAUCGUCAAAUUCCUCAACUGUAACUUUAGAGUGUGAUAAGACCUUGGAAGAACUGAAAACUCCACUACUGCUAUCCAGCAGCAGUGAAAAACAGGAGAUGAAUUCAAGAGGGAGCACCAGAGAGUCUUCUGCUGUUCAAUCACCAUCUAGGUCUAUAUUUUCAAGCGAAGAUGAUGAUUCAAGGGGAAAGAAAGUGGGAAGACGAGCAAGGAUGUUGGAUCUGGGGAAGAAAAUGGGGGAGAAGUUGGAAGAGAAAAGGCGUCACAUGGAGGAAAAGAGUAGACAGAUUGUUGAAAAGAUGAGAGGACCUUCUUAACAUGUGUAAAGUUUUUUGCAGGUUUCCAGAUACAAAGACUGAUUUUAUAGAAGCAGAGGAAGUUAGGAAUUGUUGUUACAUGUACAGCGCUUUGAGAGAAAAGCCAUAGAUGUCUCCAUUCUUAUCAGAUCAUUGAAAAUCUUUAUUAUU